GUUCGAUUUUUUUUUUCUUUUUAAAAACAAGGGAAACAAUUCUAUUAUUUUUUUCUUAUUAUUUGAAAUUUUAAAAAUAAGAAAAUAUGAAUUCACAAAAAAAAUGUUUUAAAUGCUCAUUUGAAGUAUUACAUACAUGGUUAUUUUGUCCUAUGUGUUCUAAUUCUCUUACAAAUCAAUUUCCAAUAUAUCAACAUCAACAAUAUAAUAUUCCAAAUGGUCAAGAUAUAAGAAAUCAAUACAUACCAAUACAAUUACAACUUUUUGACAAACCUUUAAUUAAUCCUGAUGGUACUGAAUCAGAAAAUUUGUAUAAUCUUAUAAAUUCAAUUUAUAAUUUCUUUGAUUAUGAUUAUCAAGGAAUUUUAACGUAUCAAAAACUUACCAAUUACAUGAAUUAUAUUGAAGAACCAGUAAAAGCAGAACAAGAAUUAUCCGUUGCACUUGAGGCUACUGGUUGUGAAUUAACACAAGAUGGAUUAACAAGAAAAGGUUUUCAUCAAUACCAAUUAUAUUUCUUGAAAACUGAUUCACCUAAAUGGCAAAAAGAAAUGAAAAAAUAUUUUAAAUAUGAUAUACCUAACAUAUUGUUACCAUCACCUCUUACACCUGAACAAAAAGCUAAUGAAGAAAAAAGAAUUCUUGAACGUGCACAACAAAUACUAAACAAGAAAAUGUCUACUGCAAAUGCUGUAAAUCAAAUUUCACUUCAAGCGACAGAUAUGGUACGAAAGGCAGCUACACCACCUGGAACAUAUUUUUACAAAUAUUAUUAUUAAAAUUGAAUAUUCAAUCUUUAAUAUUAUAUUAUUUAUCAAAUCUUAUUACUUAUUAAUAAAAUAGUUAAAAAUUUAUUUUUUAUUGAUUUUAAAA